AUGGGUGAUAAGUAUUCAGUUAUUUUACCUACUUAUAAUGAGAAAAAGAACUUACCUAUCUUGAUUUACUUGUUAUCCAAGUCAUUCAAAGAAGCCGGUUUAGAUUGGGAAGUUAUUAUCGUUGACGAUAAUUCACCAGAUGGUACUCAAAUAAUUGCUAAGAAAUUGAUUGACAUUUUUGGUUCUAAUCAUAUUCAAUUAAGACCAAGACCAGGUAAAUUAGGUUUAGGUACUGCUUAUGUUCAUGGUUUACAAUUUGUUACUGGAAAUUUCGUUAUUAUUAUGGAUGCUGAUUUCUCCCAUCAUCCUGAAGCCAUUCCACAAUUUAUUAAAAAACAAAAGGAAGGUAAUUAUGAUAUUGUUACUGGUACUAGAUAUAGUGGAGAUGGUGGUGUUUAUGGAUGGGAUUUAAAGAGAAAAUUAGUUUCUAGAGGGGCUAAUUUCUUAGCUGAUUUCUUCUUAAGACCAAGAAUUUCAGAUUUAACUGGUUCUUUCAGAUUAUAUAAAAGAGAAGUUCUUAGUAAAGUUAUUGAAGUCACAAAAUCUAAAGGUUACGUUUUCCAAAUGGAAAUGAUUGUUAGAGCAAGAAAUUUAGGUUAUAAUAUUGCUGAAGUUCCAAUCAGUUUUGUUGAUAGAUUAUAUGGAGAUUCAAAAUUAGGUGGUUCGGAAAUUGUUCAAUACUUAAAAGGGGUGUGGACCUUAUUCACUGAUGUUUAA